AUGUUGUGUGUAGAUUACGGGGAGACUCCAGUCAUGUUGGAUGCUCCUGUAUCUGGAGGUGUUCUUGGCGCAGAGACCGGAACACUUACUUUCAUGGUUGGCGGCUCAGAAGAAGCUUAUCUGGCUGCAAAACCCUUGUUUUUCUCCAUGGGCAAAAACAUAAUUUAUUGUGGUGGAGCAGGAAAUGGGUCGGUAGCAAAGAUCUGCAACAACUUAGCAAUGGCUGUGACUAUGCUUGGGGUUUCAGAAGCCUUUGCACUUGGCCAGUCUUUAGGAAUUGCAGCCAAAACUCUGACAAAGGUCUUCAACUCUUCAAGUGCUCGGUGUUGGAGUAGUGACACUUAUAAUCCAGUGCCUGGAGUGAUGGAGGGGGUGCCCUCUUCAAGGAAUUAUGCUGGUGGGUUUACAUCUAAGCUUAUGGCUAAAGAUUUAGAUCUAGCUUCAGCAUCAGCCAAGGAGGUUGGUCUCAAAUGCCCACUAACAUGUCAAGCAGAAGAGAUAUUCACGGAGCUCUGCAACAAGGGUCGUGGAACUGAUGACUUCUCUUGUGUUUUCCGCCAUUACUACAAUGGCGUGGAUGAGCUUUAA